AUGCUAGAGGCAAUACGGAUUCUCUUCUUCUCCUCUGAGAUUUCUAUGUACCUUAAACAAACAUAUGGGAAUCUUAUCAAAUAAAAAAUCCAAGUUUUAACCGUUGGGUUAUGUACAAUCCCCCCGUUAAUACUUGUUGGGUCCCAUUGAAAUGGACCCAUAUGGGUUUUUAUGCAACCCCCUGUUGAUACUUGUAGAAGGAUGCAGCACCCCACUUUGUUUUUGCUUUGAGUCCACCCAAAGCGAUUCAGAUUCCAAAUGAGUAACCCUUUUUUGCUUCAGACUGUUGUUCCUGAAUCUUUCUAUUCAAAACCAGCCAUUUCUGGAUAAAUCCUGAUCUGGGUUUUCCGUGAAACUUCAUUUUCCAUUAGUUUUCACCCUUCUUUUGAUAUUUUUAAGUUCUGGGUUUUCAUUGUUUUAGAAUUUUAGUGGGGGGUUUCAGCUUUUUAGUGAUUGGGGAUUGUGUGAAUAGUUGGGAAUUUCGCAGAUGAUGGGUUCGGGUAUGAACUUGAUUACUACUGUGAUAGGUUUUGGUAUGAGUGCAACAUUUAUCGUGUUUGUUUGCACAAGAAUCAUCUGUGGGAGGCUGAGAGGUGGCGAAUCGCGGCCUAUGUUCGAGAUUGAAUCAAGGGUUGAUCUUGAGCAGCCAGAGCAUCAGGCUAGUGGCCUUGAACAAGUUGUGGUUUCUGCAAUCCCUACGAUGAAGUACGAUCAAAAGGCUUUCAGUUCCUUAGAAGAUGCGCAGUGCUCAAUAUGUUUGGGGGAGUACCAGGAGAAAGAAGUACUGCGAAUCAUGCCCAAAUGUGGCCACAGUUUUCAUCUCUCUUGCAUUGAUACAUGGCUGAGGAAACAAUCUACCUGCCCAGUUUGCCGUUUACCAUUAAGAGAAUCCCUCGGAACAAAACAUGUGAGGUCAGCAACAUUUAGCGUGGCUCGAUCUUUUGACAAUUCUGAGAUUUCAACUGAACAUUCUCAUCACUGGCUAUUACCUGGCACAACUGAGCGUUCAGCAGGAAACGUUAGCAACCAAGGGCAUUUAGAAUCUGCUCCAGGAAACCCCUCUGAACCGACCCCAUCUAGAGUAGAACCAGAAACAAGGCAUUGAUACAAUCAAAGAGAUUGGUCCAUGGAACCAGAAAAGCGAUUGCUUCUAGCGAGCAAUGCUUUUUCAUAUGUGGAGAUGCAGUAGGGUGACUGCCCUUUCUUUUUCCUUCCCUGUCGGCUGGGAGUUGUUUCACAUGGUAGGCCGGGUAGGUUUGAUUGAAGAAUUCUCUUACGUUGCCUAGAAUGUUGCUAUCCAUUGUAGAUCGUUCGAACUAAAACUGUGCGACAGAACUCUGAAUUUUUAGGUAGAGUAGAAAGUUUGAAAAUGGAGCUUACUCAUAUAAUCUGAAUGCUGUAUAUAAGCGCUAUUCACCUCUGUUCAUGCUUUGUACGAGUCAAUUCAUUCUACUCGCUAUCGGUGCAUCUUAUCUACGUCCUAUUAAGUAAAUGCAUGUACCGUGGUAAAGUCCAUCAUUUACGUCCUAAGUCUUGUUUCUGCUAAUGGGAAAAUUGGUUUCUAGGGUUUUCAACUAUAGAUGAUUAUUUUUGUUUUUGGGUUUUGUGUGAGUACAUUGAUAUUUUUACACUAAAGGAAGGGGGAGUGAGUUCGGCUAAGCCACACAAUGGGCAGCUUAAUUUGGUAUCGAAUUCGCCAUCCACGAGAUUCAAACCUAAGACCUCUCACUUCUAAGUGAAGAAGAAUACCAUUAGACUGUAGUACUGAGUGAUUUCAACUAUAGAUGGUUAACUUAAAAGAAAUUUCUCAUAUGAUAUAUAGACACAAUUGUAAAGCCCAGUCGAUUGAUAAGGGAGGGUCGGGAUUUCCGGGUUCGGACAUCUUCAAAGGACACUGCUUGGUUUACAUGACUACGGACGUAGUUCUAUAACACAUACGUUAUAAUUCAAAUUGUUUAUUACUAAUCAUCAUUAGAGAUCAUUUCUAGAUCAUUUCAUUCCAAGAUUGUAUUCUUAUGGAUCAAACAAGUUAGAUGAUGUUAUUACCUGUUACUGUAAUCGUCGAUUUGUUCGACAUAUGAAUAGCUAUAAUCGUCGAUUUGUUCGAAUACCUAAAAGGUUUUGAAAUAAAUUAAUUUCUAGAAAUAAUAAAGACAAUGAAUGGUUGGUUAAAGCAUUUGGAGAUAUUUUAAUAUAUAAUUCGGAUCAUGUCAUGGACGAGAGAUAUUCAUUUUUCUUAAAAAAAAAGGACAAUUGAUGUCAAGAAAAAGGAUCCCGGUUGUACCAAGAAUCCCCUCAAAUUGGCAUGGCAUCAAAACAAAAACCCAAACUGAAAACGCAAUCUUUGAUCCUAAUCUACGAGUGUCGUCACACCUAUACUGAUCACUGCAAAGAUUGAGACUUCUCCAAUGGAAUCCAUGGCAGAAGCAGACCCAGAACCACCACCGCUACCACUAUCCGACCUUAUCCUCUCCCUAGAACAAGCAACCCUCAUGGCCAAACAGCUACCUUGCACCGCCGACCCCACCCACCUUCUCCACAUCUACUCCUCCCUCCACCAAGCCCACCACCACCUCUCCAAUUUUCUCUCCACACCCAAAUUCCCCCAGCCCCAGCGGCAGAACUCCCUCUCCUCCGCCACCGGCAACGAGACCAUGCAAGUCGGCGACUGCGACGAUGACUGUGAUGGCUUUGGAGAGGGAAAUUCUGGGCCCACAAUUGACAUUGUUGAGGAUUAGAUGAGGGAUUGCUUCAUCAAGAACAAGCGGCCCAAAAGGCGGCUUUCUCCUUCUGCGGCCACCCUGGCGGAGGAGAGGCGGCUUAACGGUGAUGGGUUUGUGGGCAGUGUGAAGGGUUUUGACCCUCAGGGCUCAAAGGAGAGGGCUUUGGAGCUUGUGUACCAGUUUCGUGGGUGAGUUGGGAGGAAACAGAGCAAAAACAGAGGAGUCGUAUUGCAUUUUGCACUGCGAUGAAUGCGAUGAAUCCGACGAUUCGCAAGGACAUGAAUACAUUUCACCUUGCAGUCAAGAUAUGCAAUUCAAACCUUUCGAAUUAGAAAUUAACACGUGGAAUAGCUGUGCCCCAAUUGAUGAACUACAGGCUAAAGGGUUUUCUACCCCUACCGAUUGAGGAAGAGCUAAAGAAGAUAAUUUAAAUAUAAUCUGAAUCAUUGAAGUGAUCACCGCUUCCGACCUGGAGAGAAGGUGGCAGCAGCAGCAGUGGGGAAGGAAGGACUAUUCCUGUUUCUGUGAUAAUUUCUGCCCUUCAAAGCUCUGGGGUUUGGCUUUGGCUCUGUUAACUGUUGAGAGUUCUCCAGCCAACCACAGACCCCUGGUUGCCGUACUUCCGUUGCACGCAGAUCUUCUGAUGCGCAAUUCAAAAGAACUGGUUGCUGCUUGGGUGAGAGGUGUAUAAUUUCAUUUAAAAAAGAACUGUUUUGGUUGCUGGUGGUGGUUUAUCUGUAUUUGAUUGUUGUUUAGGCCCGGACUGAAGAAGUUUUGUGGAAUGAGAUUCUUAUCAGAUUCUUACACCAAAUUGUUUCUCCGUUUAUGGCCGGUAAUAAACAGUCCAACCAGUAGCUGAUAAAAUGUCAUUGUAUAUAUGCUUUUGACGAUUUCUUCUACGAUAAUGAGGGAAUCUAGAGGAUCGAGGCCACUCGAUCUAAGGUCUGUACUACUCUAUCCCUUUCUUUCUCUCUGUGAAUUUCUUGAAAUUGAUGACUCACGUUCUGAUUCUUGCUGUGUUUGGGAGCGAAAGCUCUAGAUUAGCUUUGAUCACUUGAUUUUUUUCUUUUUUAGUUCAGCACAGUCAAACUGCAUAAUCCUACCGUUGGGCUACUUCUAGGGAGGGUUUGUGUUUACUUUUGUUAGUCUGUUAACAGUUUGGUAUGUCUAUCAUAUUGAUGGAACUAAUUUGUGAGUUAAUUAUGGUUUAGGUUGUUGAAUUUUGAAUUCGGAAUUCCCUUUGGAAACUGUCACAAGCGAUGUGUCUGUUGCGGCUACAGGAAUCAAAAGUGAGUGAAAGGUAAAGCUUUUCUCUCCAAACAUUCAUCGCCAGCAAUUCCAGCCAGAGCCAGGUUUUAGCGAAGUUUGAGGUUUGAUGUGUCUUCUCCAUUCCUGCAUAUAAUUUAUCAAUGAAAGGCUUUCUCUCACUCUUCCAGAAAUCAUUGCUGCUUUAAUCUCUUGCGCCCAAUUGUUCAUCAUAGAAAACUCCUAAAUACAGUGAGAUGCCUUGUAAUGUUGUUUUAAUGAGUGCAUGAGUGCAUGAUUUACUUUAUACGUGACCUUUAAAUUGACUUGUAUGCUUGGGUCCUUGCUCCCUACAAUGAUCUUCCCCUGAACUGCUGCCAUGCACUUCACCUUUUUACUCUUGCAAUUGUCUUUGGCCUUUCUUGAUGCAUCAGACACCUGGAAAAUUGAUGUUCCAUAAAGAUAAGCAAUUGUUCCUUUUAUUAGUAAUUAUAUGAAGUAGGCAUAUUAUGCAAUACAAUGUCUACAUUCAAUUAGUAAAUAUUGAGUUUAUUUUUUUCAAACAGUGGCAUUUUGAUUCAGGUUUAAGCUUCUUAGUGGCAUCAUAAGGGUUUCUUUGGGGAGUGCUGAUAGUUAAUUUGAUGGCUUAUACAUAUAAAUAUUCAACCUAUAUUGUUAAUUGUAUGUAAGAAUUGAUUCAAGACAAUAUGAAGCUAUCAAUGGACUAUAAGAGUUAUCAAUGGAUUACAUUGUUGACCUCCUUCAAUUCUAUUCCUUUAUACAUGGUUGAACUGAUACCUCCUAUUUGUUGAUGAGAUAGUCUACCAAAAGAUUAUGGAGUUCAAUGUAGGUGAGUACAAUUUUUUCAUGUGGAGGUAUUCCUCAUUUUGGUUUAAGGUACUGAAGUCUGAAUCAGGAGACGUUUUCUGAUUAAGAAAACAUCAACAACGUACAAGAGAAAAUCAGGGUUCUCUUUUGCAAUUUACACCACCAAAAUAUAUAUAACUUCUUCAUCUUUGUACGGAUGUCUCUGUAAAAAUAUAUUAUUUCCUGCUUUUAAUUUUAGUUUUUUGUUUCUCUUUUUGCAGUUUUUCACCAAACAAACAGAUUAUAAGCAACUUUUUUUCCAAUUAUUUCUUGCUUUUAAUGUUCAUGAGGUUGUAGAUUGAAGGAAUAAAAGAGUCAAAAUAAUAUGAAGAAAAAAUAGUGGAGACAUCUGCAACCGGUUGAACAAAGCGUUGGAACAUGGAGAUGAUGGGGAUGCAGGGGAUGAGGAGGAAAUGGCAAAGGAGGAGGACCAAAACGUGUUCUCUGUUAGGAUAAUUGGUGCCCUUAAUUAUAUGGUUUGUUCCUUUGGUUUUUAUGGUUUAAAUGUAUUUAAUUUGAUGGUGUUUUUGAUAAAUUGUUGAAUAUAUUUUUAGUUUAGUUAUUGAUUGUAUUGAGUGUGGUUUAUGCUUUUGGUAUUAAGUAGUUUUUUCGUAUCGCUAAACUCCUUUUGCGGUAGAGAAACGUGAGUUCUUCUAAGGUGUCUAAGUGAGUGUCAAUCACAGAGUAUUGUGUUCGAAUAUCUGUCCAAACAAAAAAUUUCUUUAGAAUGAAAUAAAUGAAACAACUUUUGAGACUCCCUCAUUUGAGAUGUGUAUUGGUUCUGAAAGUAUAAGACCAAAAGUUACAUUUUCAUUCCCAUUUACAGAAAUACAACUUGCAGAAUUAGUUAAAAGUAUCAAAUGACUAGCAUGUGAAUUUGUGUAUGGUUAAAAAUAAUCUUAUCCUUAAGGAAUUGUCAUGUUGCUUUGAUUAAGUUAUACAUGGCCAUGAUAAGGUAUUGCUCAUCCCCACAAACAUUUUGUACACGUGUGGCAUUAAUAUAUUUUAUUUUCUGAUUGAAUUUGUUUUGAUUCAAUGGGGUUGGUGAGCUAAACAGCAAGUGGCUUUCUUUUAGUUUGUGGAUAGCUCUUCUGGGUUUUUCUUCUUUUUUUUUUCUGAUUGAAUUUCAUUUGAUGCAAUGGGAAUUCCACUUUGUUUGUGGUUUGUGAAUUGAAAUACAUUAUACAUGUAUUGUGAAAUUCAUUAUUUUGAGUAUGUUCUUACCUGACAUUUGGAAACUUUGAGUAUGUUCUUACCUGACGUUUGUAAGCUUUUGAUUAGUUAUGAAAGUUAAUAUAUUUUGUCCGUGUUUAUAAACGUAUGACGUACAAUCAGUUUCUUUUCAGUUGGGUUGAAAUGAUGUUGAUUGUGCUGUUAUAAAGCUCUUUUUUAUAGUUAGGUUGAAAAUCAUGUUAAUAGAUUCUUAUUUGGUUGGUCCGAUCUGUAACAGUCUAACAGAUGGAUUGUUUUCUUUAAAUUAAAAUUUGAUCCUUUUUUUUUUUUUUGUUUUUUUUUGUUUUUUUGUGUGAAAUUAUAAUGGAAUCGCUAAUUUGUUGAGUAUAUCUUAGAUUCUUGAUUGCACCUGCCCGCAACUAUUACAUUGUCUCUGGACUGGAUGAAUUUUUAUAAUUUCUAGGAUCCACAGUUGCAAUGCUUUUGAAGCAUAAAGUAAGGAGGAAGCUACUAUUAUGGAGCUUCUUUGGCAUGGGCAAAUGGAGAUGGCAAUUGUUGUGGUUCACACACUCCGUCCUUUUUAUUUAGAGCAAGUGGAGAUGGCUGUUUGAAUAAAAUGAAGAAUUUGGCCAGGGCGUCCGCCACCGGAGGUUACGCAGGUGUGCAAACGGUCACACAGUGGAACUUGGAUUGCACAAAGCACAGCGAGCAGGGUGAUAGGUGCCUGCCCUGCUGGACACAUAUAUUGCCAUCUUAACUACAAGGGAAAAAUAUGUGUGAACUGCAUGUUGCUUCUGUUUCUUAUGGAAACAUAACUUUUUUUGGCAACUAUGUCUUUGUGAUCAAGAACGUUCAGUUUCUUCCUACUAAUUGCGCAAUGUCUUUAUGUGUCAACUCAGUUGAAUGUAUAUAAAAGUCAAGCUGUUUAUCUUAUCGACCUCAUUCACUCA